AUGACCGACUCUGGCCGUAUAUCUGCGAGUAUGGAGAACAACAAAGAGGUAAAAAACAUAGUUGAUCAUCAGAGGCAACAUCCUGUACAAGCUCCUCUCCCUCAAGAGUACAUUCAUGAGGACAGAUUCGCUCCGGCUGAUAACCCACUGCAACCGCCGAGGUUACAACAGCUACCAGCAGGUGCAUCAGUGGGCGGAGGAGGAGAGGAAGAGAGGGAAGCAAGCCCAGACCAAGCUUCCAGCGAAAAGCUCGAAGGAUGCUGUCAUGCUCAUGGUUGUUUACGAGGAUUGGUGCGUUGA